AUGAAUGUGACAAAUGAUGGAUGGGGAUGCACCAUAGAACAUUUUAAUCGAAUGCAUCCUCCCACCUUCGAUGGUCGGGGCGACGCAACCCUAGCAGAAGACUGGAUCCAAGAUAUCGAGGAGAUAAUCCGCGUUAUAAACUGCACGGAUGAACAGAAGGUUCUAUACUCUGCUUUCAAACUAACGAGAGAAGCAAAAAGAUGGUGGAGUUCUGAAAGAACCAUCAGAGAAGCGGAAGGGACGGAAAUAGUCCGUUGGGUGCACUUCAAGCAGGUCUUUCUGGAACACUUUUUCCCAACCUUAGUUCUAGAUGACAAGGCUAUGGAGUUUGCUAAUUUCGUACAGGGAGCUUUGACAGUACACCAGUACGCAGCUAGAUUUAUCGAGUUAUCACGUUUUGCUGCAUAUUUGAUCCCUGAUGAGGAGAAGAAGGCUCGUAAGUUUGAACAAGGGCUGAAUGAAAAGAUUUAUGAACUUUCAAAUCCGGAACUUCUCAGAGUUGGUGAAUAA